AUGAGGACGGCGUGGGCCGUGCCUCUCCUGGGACUCCUGCUGCUGCAAAUGGUUGGCACCGCAGCUCCGCAGGAGGAUAUUGAAGUACCAGAGGCUUUCCUGGUGGAGAUCUCCGGGACCACGGUGACAAUCACGUGUCCCUUGCCCGAAGGCAGCAUCGUCUGGGAGUCAACUGCGGCAAAGCCAACCAACGACGAGAGGAAGUACGUUAUAGAGAACCAUGACAGCACUCCCGUCAACCUGAGCUGUUCGGGCAGUGGAAAGAAGCAUUCAAUGUACCUGAACGCCAGAGUGUGCGCAAACUGCGAGGAGCUGGAUACCCUGGCAGUGACAGGGAUCAUCGCUGCGGAUCUGCUCAUCACCUUCGGGGUGCUCAUUCUGGUCUAUUACUUCAGCAAAGACAAGAAGGGGAAGGGAAGCGCUGGCCCCGGCAGUCGGCCACGAGGUCAGAAGAUGCAGCGUCCUCCCCCGGUUCCAAACCCAGACUAUGAGCCCAUCCGGAAAGGCCAGCGGGAAGUGUAUGCAGGCCUGGAGCCCAGGGGCUUCUGA